AUGAAAUGGAAAGGGAAGGACCUGUUUGACCUGGUGUGCCGGACUCUGGGACUACGGGAAACCUGGUUCUUUGGACUGCAGUAUACAAUUAAGGACACAGUGGCCUGGCUCAAAAUGGACAAAAAGGUGCUGGAUCAUGAUGUUUCAAAGGAAGAGCCGGUUACCUUCCACUUCCUGGCCAAGUUUUAUCCAGAGAAUGCAGAGGAAGAGCUGGUCCAGGAGAUCACCCAGCAUUUAUUCUUCCUUCAGGUAAAGAAGCAGAUUCUGGAUGAGAAGAUCUACUGCCCUCCUGAGGCUUCAGUGCUCUUGGCUUCCUAUGCUGUCCAGGCCAAGUAUGGUGACUAUGACCCCUCUGUUCACAAGCGUGGGUUUUUGGCCCAGGAGGAGCUGCUUCCAAAAAGGGUAAUAAAUCUGUAUCAGAUGACACAAGAGAUGUGGGAGGAGAGAAUUACUUCAUGGUAUGCAGAGCAUCGAGGCAGAGCAAGAGAUGAAGCCGAAAUGGAAUAUUUGAAGAUUGCCCAGGACUUGGAAAUGUAUGGUGUGAACUACUUUGCAAUCCGGAAUAAAAAAGGCACAGAACUACUUCUGGGAGUGGAUGCUCUGGGCCUCCACAUAUAUGACCCUGAAAACAGACUGACCCCCAAAAUCUCCUUCCCUUGGAAUGAAAUCCGGAACAUCUCUUACAGCGACAAAGAGUUCACCAUCAAGCCUCUGGAUAAGAAGAUCGACGUCUUUAAGUUCAACUCCUCCAAACUGCGGGUGAAUAAGCUGAUUCUGCAGCUGUGCAUUGGCAACCACGACCUCUUCAUGCGGAGAAGGAAGGCCGAUUCCCUGGAGGUGCAGCAGAUGAAAGCCCAGGCCAGGGAGGAGAAGGCCAGGAAGCAGAUGGAACGACAGCGUUUGGCUCGAGAGAAGCAGAUGAGGGAAGAGGCUGAACGAACAAGAGAUGAAUUGGAGAGGAGGCUCUUACAAUUGAAAGAGGAAGCUACUAUGGCCAAUGAAGCUCUGAUGCGGUCCGAGGAGACGGCAGACCUGCUGGCAGAGAAGGCGCAGAUCACAGAGGAGGAGGCAAAGCUCUUGGCCCAGAAGGCCGCCGAGGCUGAGCAGGAGAUGCAGCGGGUCAAGGCCACGGCUAUCAGGACAGAAGAGGAAAAGCGUCUGAUGGAGCAGAAAGUGCUGGAGGCCGAGAUGCUGGCGCUGAAGAUGGCUGAGGAGUCGGAGAGGAGGGCAAAGGAGGCAGAUCAGCUGAAGCAGGAUCUCCAGGAAGCCAGGGAGUCCGAGAGAAGAACGAAGCAGAAGCUCUUGGAAAUCACCAGCAAAGCUACGUACACGCCGCCCGUGAGCUCGAGCACCCCGGCUCUGCCGGCCGACAUGCCCGGCUUCGCUCUCAUCGGCGAGAGCCUGUCUUUCGACUUCAAGGACACCGACAUGAAGCGGCUCUCCAUGGAGAUCGAGAAGGAAAAAGUGGAGUACAUGGAGAAGAGCAAACACUUACAGGAACAGCUCAACGAGCUGAAGACGGAGAUCGAGGCCCUCAAGCUGAAGGAGAGGGAGACGGCCCUGGACAUCCUGCACAACGAGAGCUCUGACCGGGGCGGCAGCAAACACAACACCAUCAAAAAGCCUCAAGCCCAAGGCAGAAGACCCAUCUGCAUUUGAGCCUUCCAACUGACCUUACAGAGCACAAAGUCCCGCGUGGCCUUCUUUGAAGAACUCUAGAGAGUGGCGCGGCCACCCGCGGAGCGAGCGGCCACCUGUGCCCGGGCACGGCUGGAGGACAACCGGGAACUCCUCAGACGUCGUUCCAGCCGAGGGGUGACCCCGACCCGCCCACGUGCGACGGCCUUGAAUUCCAGCCUUCCCAGGUUUCUCGGGUGGGAUUCAAGUUCAGCCCCGUGGAUGUUUGGACUGAGCCGCCUCUUCUGUCCGGCCUGCCAUUCGGGCUCCACGCGCUCUCUGAGGGAGGCGGGCGAGGGAGCGAGGAGGAGCCAAGCCCUUGGGGUGCCCCUUGUGCCAGGGGACAGGAAGAUGGGGGGCGGGGGGGUCACUGCCCCCGCCAGGCUUGCGCAACACACUUCCCCCAUCCAGGAAAAAGCGUUGCGAUCAAGUAGGAACUCCAGGCUUGCGAGCGCAGCUCCUCAGUGGCCGGGCCGGCGCUGGUGGCAGGAGGGCCGCCUUUGGGCUCUGGGGGUCGAGGCUGCAGAGCUUCCCAGGGCAAGGCCUUCGGCCUCGGGUCCAGGCACCCGAGUUUGUGCUUCAGCUGCCAGAGAGCCAGAGGCAGGACGAGCAGCUGAGUCUGCGGGAAGGAAUUUAGGGGCAAAGAGCAGCCGCAGCUCUCGAGUGUGCCUCGUGCCAGUGUCCGCCAUGGAGGGGAGCAGCCCCCCAAGCCCCCCUCUGACGUGUUGGGCCCGAGGCUUGGAGGGCUGCCGGUCUUCUCAGAUGUCCCCGGAGCUCCCGGGUACUCCUGACCUGCCGUCGAUGGCAGCCCUUCCUUUGGCACCGACUCCGGCUCCUCUGCUCUGUCUCGAAGCCUCUCCUGCCCCAGGCCCAUCUGCGCCCCUUCCUCCCCUCAGUGUGCCUGCUAACGUGUUCUGAGCAAAGAACGCCGCUCCCCCUCCCCCCGAUCUGCCCUGGGGAGCCCGAGCCCUGCCUGGCGGCUCCCGUCCUCUGUCCCUGAGCCCCUCCUGGCCUGUUUCUGUCCUCCCUGCCGGCAGGGGGAUGGCCUCAGUGACCUCUUGGUUGCAACGAAUGUGAAUGCAGGGGCUCGGCCUGUGCCUGCUGCCACUUGGUCAUCCAGGCCGGGGGAGGCCUGGGAUGCAUCACUGUUGGGGGGCCUGAGGAAUCCCCCCCCCCCACUGGGAUGGGGCUCUGCUCCACGGGACCACACCAGCUCUGGCCCGGCCCCCUCCCUGACCAGCUGGGAGGAGCCAGCGCUGCCCCGGGGCCCGAUAACUUGGGGAUCCCCUCCUUUCUUCCUCUCUUAGAGAGGUUCAAGGUAGGAACGCUCUGUGUGAGAUCUGUCACCGCAGUGGGGGCACGACUGUGGCCCAGCUUUCUGUCUCCUGGGCAUCCAAGCUUCGAUGCUUCUUUCCCUUUAAGAAAGAGAGCCUGGCCUGGGGCCCUGAUGCAACCCGUCCUCCUGGGGCCCCAGGAGCACAGGGGGGCUUGGAAAGAGAGGAGAGCGCCGGGCGUCCCUGGCCAUUCUCUCCUGGGGAAAGGGAGAACCACGGAAGCCCCUUCACUCCACUCAAGAAGAGGCUCCCCCUGUGGGCGUGGGAGCGAGCAGGAAAGAUGCAGGCCAGGCUGUCUGUGGGCUUUGGGAUGCCCGGGGAGGGCUUCCAGCCCCCCAGCUCCUGCCCAGGCCUCCCCCAGGUUCGUGAAAGCGGGUGAGCCGGCGGCCCGCUGGCCAGCCCCACACUCCAGCGCUUCCAAGUGCAUUUUGUAACGGUGUCCCCGUGUCUGUCUCUGUGUCCCUCUGUCUCCAGUCUGGCCAAGCCCCCUCGGCCCGUCCUCCUGCUCUCCCCUCGCCCUCUGUGCCAAUGUCCACUCAGCCCCUUUGUCCGCCGGACUCUCGGCCGGGCCUGACCCCAACGUGGACAUCUCGUCCAAACCCCUUUCAAAGCAAAAGUUGGCGAUUUGGAUUUGUAUGGCCCGGCUGGGGCCUGGGCAGGUGGAGCCCCUCCCCUGUCGGGGUUAAAUACCGACGAGUCUGUUUUCUAUUCCGGGGGGUGGUUCUAUUUUAACAGAUUGUUUUAAUAAAAAUGCAAAGCUGAAA